GGUAGCAAUUACGAAUGAGGGUAGUACUCUAGCAUGUGUGCACUUGUAAUGUAAAUCAUGUAAAUAAAGGACUCCUCUAGAGACAGGUCAGUCUAUUUAGUGCAUUAUACUUGCCUAGUUUAUGUUUAACUUGUGUGGCACAAGAAACUCCUUCAGUAGGGUCAAGAGAUUUGAUAAGGGAAAUAAACUACAUAAAUCAAAACCAGUAACAGUCUUUUCUAAGAAUUUAAAACUGCGAAUGAACACAUGGUGGCGCUGUUGACUAAGACGUUGUGCACUCAGAGCAAUCCAAUGAUGUAAAACCAAGGCUUUUGUGAAACUGGGUAGAUUUUUAAGCACGAAAAUCUCAAUCUCUGGAAAAUAUUGGUUGUUAGGCUGUCUCCAAAAGACUUUGCUUUUCACAGAGAGCUAUAAGGCCUCUCUUGGUGACCAGCCCUUGGAAAUACACCGCAGAAAUACAAUGGAGGCCAGAGAGGAACGCUUUCUUAAACAAAGGCAAGUCUUGCUUCUCUUUGUUUUUCUGGGUGGGUCUCUUGCUGGGUCCGAGUCUAGGCGCUACUCUGUGGCUGAGGAAAAAGAGAGGGGCUUCAUAAUAGCCAAUAUAGCAAAGGAUCUGGGGCUUAGUGUGGAAGAACUGGCUGAAAGGAGAGCUCAAGCUAUCUCCAAAGGGAACGUACAAUAUUUUCAGCUCAGUCAUCAGACCGGAGAUUUGCUUUUGGUUGAGAAAUUGGACCGGGAGGAGCUGUGUGGUUCGACAGAGCCGUGUGUGCUGCACUUUCAGGUAUUGCUGCAUAAUCCUUUGCAGUUUAUUACAAAUGAGCUUGAGGUCGUUGAUGUAAAUGACCAUGCCCCGGAGUUCUUUGAAAAUGCAAUGCAGCUGAAAGUCCUGGAAAACUCCCCACCUGGGACAGUAAUUUCUUUGGGAAAUGCUGUGGAUUUGGACGUGGGAAGAAACGGACUCCAGAACUACACAAUCGCCCCCAAGUCCCAUUUUCAUGUUCACACCCGCCGUCGUAGAGAUGGAAGGAAGUAUCCAGAACUAGUCCUAGACAGAGCUCUGGAUCGGGAAGAACAGCCGGAACUCAGUUUAACUCUCACAGCUCUGGAUGGAGGAUCCCCGCCUCGUUCUGGAACUACCCAGGUCCACAUCCUGGUCUUAGACAUAAAUGAUAAUGCCCCAGAAUUUACACAGUCGCUCUAUGAGGUUCAAAUUUUAGAGAAAAGCCCUAUUGGCUCUGUCAUUACCACUGUCUCUGCUUCUGACUUAGAUACGGGAAAUUUUGGUGUGAUAUCAUAUGUAAUUUUUCAUGGUUCUGAAGAAAUUCUCGAAACUUUUCAACUGAACUCCAGUACUGGCAAUAUACAACUACUUAAGGGUUUGGAUUAUGAAACAAUUAAUAGUUAUGAAGUUGACAUAGAAGCCAAGGAUGGUGGAGGCCUUUCAGGGAGGUGCAUAGUCCUAGUUCAGGUACUUGAUGUGAAUGAUAACCCACCAGAACUGACGUUGUCAUCACUUAACAGUCUUAUCCCUGAGAAUUCGGCAGAGACUGUGGUUGCCGUUUUCAGUGUUUCUGAUUUAGACUCUGGAGAUAACGGAAGAGUGACGUGUUCCAUCCAGAACGAUCUCCCCUUCAUCCUGAAACCCUCUGUAGAGAACUUCUAUACUAUAGCGUCUGAAGUAGCUUUGGACAGAGAGAACAGAGCCGAGUACAACAUUACCGUCACGGUCUCCGACCUGGGCACACCCAGGCUCACAACCCAGCACACCAUAACAGUGCAGGUGUCUGACAUCAACGACAACGCCCCCGCCUUCACCCAAACCUCCUACACCCUGUUAGUCCGCGAGAACAACAGCCCCGCCCUGCACAUAGGCACCAUCAGCGCCACAGACUCAGACUCAGGCUCCAAUGCCCACAUCACCUACUCACUGCUGCCACCCAAAGACCCGCAGCUGGCACUCGACUCACUCAUCUCCAUCAACGCAGACAAUGGGCAGCUGUUUGCGCUCAGGGCGCUGGACUACGAAGCCCUGCAGGCCUUCGAGUUCCAUGUUGGCGCCACAGACAAAGGUUCACCUGCGCUCAGCAGCCAGGCUCUGGUGCGCGUGGUGGUGCUGGACGACAAUGACAAUGCGCCCUUCGUGCUCUACCCGAUGCAGAAUGCCUCUGCACCUUACAUAGAGCUGCUGCCCAGGGAGGCGGAGCCUGGCUACCUGAUCACCAAGGUGGUGGCUGUGGACCGCGACUCUGGCCAGAAUGCCUGGCUGUCCUUCCAGCUGCUCAAGUCCACGGAGCCCGGGCUGUUCAGCGUGUGGGCGCACAAUGGCGAGGUGCGCACCACCAGGCUGCUGAGCGAGCGCGAUGUGCCCAAGCACAGGCUGGUGCUGCUGGUCAAGGACAAUGGCGACCCUCCGCGCUCUGCCAGUGUCACCCUGAAUGUGCUGCUAGUGGAUGGCUUUUCUCAACCCUACCUGCCUUUGCCUGAGGUGGCGCGCGACUCUGUGCAAAACGACGCGGACUUGCUCACGUUGUACUUGGUCAUCGCCUUAGCAUCUGUGUCUUCUCUUUUCCUCUUGUCUGUGCUGCUGUUUGUUGGGGUGAGACUGUGCAGGAAGGCCAGAGCAGCUUCUAUGGGUGACUGCCCUGUGUCUGAGGGACACUUUCCUGGCCACCUGGUGGACGUCAGCGGUAUGGGGACCCUGUCCCAGAGCUACCAGUAUGAGUUGUGUCUGACAGGAGACUCUAGGACUGGUGAGUUCAAAUUCCUGAAUCCGGUGAUACCAAAUCUGUUUCUGGAAGAACCUGAGAGAAGUUAAGGGAAGUCCCCACUGUACAAGUAGCUUUGUAGUCAGGUAAGGGUUGUAAAUGGUUCCUCAUCUCUCGGUUCUGGAA